AUUUGUUGUGAGAGAUGAGAUUUUAUGAUCAAUCAAUUACAGAAUAUUUGAUUGAUACGCAAAGAGAAUGUAAACUCCGUAUGUUUUUGUAUACAGUUUUUAAUAUAGACUAAAUACGUGUAGUUACCGGUGGGCGUAGCUCAACUGGUAGUGAGGGAGUGCCACAAGGGUUAGGUCUCGGGUUCGAAUCCCGGCAACUGCGAUAAGGGGUUGCUAUGCUGAAAAAUGCAUAGGGCCUCUGCAAGUACCGGGGACGGAGCCCUACUCUCUAUCUGUCAGGUUAUCCCGAUCCUAUUAUUCCCACACCCGGCAAGGAGAAGAUGGAGCGGUUCUCGCGAAGCCAGCCAAGGGGUGAUGGAGCUGUGCCUGUGUCCGAUCUGCCCUGUGGGCAACGAUGGAGUAUAUACGUAUGCGAUUGGUGUGUGUGCGAGAAGGAAAGGUACCGCUGUUGGCCGUUCUGCUGUUGCUUCAACAAAAACGCAACGUAGAGAGCGGAGCUUGUUCCAUUGGGGUCUUUCACCAUCUUCUUUCAGUUCAAUUCCUUAGAACGUUUAAUAAUGAAUCUGUUCCAAUAAUUAAGAAUUGUGCAAGUCCCAAAGUUAAUUAUGUGUAUCAAUAAUGUCUGUCUUUUCC